AUGAGCGCCCCGGCCGCCAACGAUCGCGACCCGUUCGAGUGUCCGCUCUGCGAGAUCAGCUAUGCGGAAUGGCGGCAGCCGCUGUGCAUCAGCUGCGGCCACACCGUCUGCACGUUGUGCACGGCCGAGGGGAGGGCGUCCACCUGCCCGAUCUGCAGUGCCCCGAUCACUUCUUCAUUCAUCAAUUUCGCCCUUAUCGAAGCGCACCGCGCCUACAAAAACAUUUUGGAGGCAAAGGCCCUUCAAGAUUUCGAAAUGCGAAGCAUCCGCGAAGAGCUCGUUGAGCUCAAGGUCGCCGUGGAGGUCGACAAAAAAAUUAACCUGUCUGACACUGAGAAGUGCCCCAGAAAUGGGGCGCAAAGUGGAAACGGCCAGGCCGAGGAGCCGAUGGCUCAAGAGAAUCAGAUGAGAAUUGAAGCUCCCGUGCCCCCAAUGGAAUCACCCAUUUUCCCGGAGCCGCGCGGAGUCAACACGGAAGGAAAUACCACCCAGCUCCGCAUCAGUCCCGUCAACGAGCGCCGUACUCCAAAUUACGGCCUGGAAGUCGCCUACCGUACCCCCGGAAAUUCACCCGGCUACGAGAGAAACAACGACACGUCUGACAUGGAAAACUACCGGAAUUCGGUUGCUUACCGUACCCCGGCUACGGAGAGCUACGCACCAGUACGCCCUCAGACUCGUCAAGAGGUGUAUGGGAACCAAAGGCAUCAGGAUGCCUACCGUAACCAAUGUGGUGCCAAUUACGGUAACGGAUUUGUGGGCAGGAUCAGCCCGAAUGAACCGCUCUACGGACCGAUCCGUAAUGACGGAUACCGUACGGAGGCGCCUUACGGAACAGCAUAUAUCAACCCGAGUCCACGGAGCUACGAGGCAAACCGUAAUGACGGGUAUCGUACGAAGGUGUCUUACGGAACCGGACGAGCUGCACAGCUCAACUACGAGCCGAUCCAUAAUGAUGCAUUCCGUGAGGAGGUGCCUUACGGAAGAGGACCGCCACCCGCCUACGAAUCGAUCCGUAAUGACGGCCACCGUCCAGAGGUGCCUUACGGAACAGGUCGAGCUGAAGGACUAGGCUACGGCUACGCGACGCGCCGUCAUGACGACUACAGUACGCAUGCGUACUAUGGACAUGAACACAUAAAUCCGGUUGAAAGAAGCCGUUCCACUUCCGGGUCCGGCUCAAGUCGUUCACCGGAAAAGCGGACGACCGCUGUAAUUCUAGCACCAGAGAAGAAGAUCGUGCCAACCUUCGAAAAAGUGCCGCUGUGCCAUCGAAAAGAGGCGGCCAAGUACAAGAGCGCGCCGGCCAACGGACUACCGAAAAUCGAGUCGAGCGCCGGCUUCGCGUUGAACGGCUUCAGGAAUAAGGUCAAGGGCCGAACGCACGAGAGACAGUUCGCCAGCCCGUUUGCCCAGCCGGGGAUGGAGAAGACGGACAAGCUGUUGCUCCGCGGCAUCCCGCUUGGCGUCACCGAGGCUCAGCUUUGCCGGGAGUUGUUCGGCUGCAAGGCCCUCAAGUCGAUUAGGGUGCGCGCAUCGCGCGAGAAACAGAACUGCAUCGCCGAGUUCCAGCUGGGUGAAGCUGCCGUGAAGCAGGUGAUCGCCGCGUGGGACAAGAAGCGCUUCCCCGGCACUAGCCACGUCUUGACUGCCGAUUUCCUGUGGGAAAAGACGAAAGAUGCGGUAGAGAGGGAGGGAGUGACCAACGAGAUUGACGUCAUCGUUGAGGAUGUAAACGAAGAAAAGACUUCUACGACCACAGAAACCGAUUCGGGCCUCGAUUCUGCA